ACACUUAUUGCUGGUUAGUUAGUACUGCUGAAUUGUUGUGGAAAUUAUCAACACUUAUGUUAAUGUACACAUCAGCUUUGUUUCCGUUGCUAGAUUUUGGAUAAAUUUUUCAACAUGAACUUGUAGAAAAACAAAUGUUGAAAUGUUCUUACAAUGUCUUUUGGUCUUUUAAAUGAUUACUUUUUGUACAAAUUGAAAGUGUCUUGUCUAAUUUGUUCAUAAGCAGCUUUAAACUUAUGAGAGUUUUUUCAUUAGGAACUAAAUGCUUAACUCAUUUGACAAGUUCCUAACCCAAACGGAGCCAUACUACUUAUAAGUAAGCUAAGAAAACCCACGAAGUACUCAAUUUGUUACUCACAAACUGCAGUAUCCAAAUGUUAACCAAAUUUCACAAGUAGAAAUGCACUUGACCUAUCAAUUUUCCACCAUUUUCUCUUCUUCUUAUUCUUUCAUCAAUCCCAAACUUCCAAAUUUGAAUCAUAAAUCCCAUAAAUUCAAAACUUUCUUCUCUUACAAAUCUCCCAAUUCUCUUCAUCAUGCAAAUCUCAACGACCCAGAUGCAAAAAUCUCAUCUUUAUCCAAAACCCUCAAAUCCAAAAUUGAGGCCGAGAAUAUUUUCCACAACAUAUCCGACCCAGAAACUGCAAUUCUUGCUCUUAAAAACUUACCGGACAAUAUUCAACCGGAAAAUCGUCUUUUUUUGUACAACACAGUGUUUAAGUUGUUUGGGGAAAACAAAGUUUUUGAAAAAGCAGAGAAGCUGUUUGAUGAAAUGCUUCAAAGAGGUAUCAAGCCGAAUACACUUACAUUUUCAAAUUUAAUUAGAAGUGCUGCUCUUUGUUCUUUGCCACAUAAGGCUGUGGAGUUUUUUGAAAAGAUGCCGUCUUUUGGGUGUGAACCGGAUUAUAAUGUGAUCUCGUCCAUGAUUUAUGCCUAUGCUUAUGCGGGUAAUGUUGAUAUGGCUUUGAAAUUAUAUGAUAGUGCGAAAAAUGAGAAAUUGCCUAUAUGGACUAUAGCAUUUUCUGCUUUGAUUAAGAUGUAUAGGGUAUUACGAAACUAUGAUGGGUGUUUAAGUGUAUAUGAUGAUAUGAAGGUUCUUGGUAUUAAGCCUAACGAGAUAGUGUACAAUACUUUGUUGGCUGCAAUGGGGAAAGCUAAGAGGGCAAGAGAUGCCAAGGGUAUAUACCAGGAUAUGAGAAAAGAUGGAUUUGAACCGAAUUGGAUAACUUAUUCAGCUCUUUUGGAAGCUUAUGCCAGAGGGCGGUAUAUUAAUGACGCUUUGAUUGUGUAUAAGGAAAUGAAGGAAAAGAGAAUGACUCUGAAUCAAUUUCUAUAUAGCAUGCUGCUUGACAUGUGUGCUGAUGUUGGCUAUAUAGAUGACGCUGUUGAAAUAUUUGAAGAAAUGAAGCAUUCCGGGACUUGCCAGCCUGACAGUUUCAUAUACUCAUCCUUGAUUAACAUGUAUGCGUGCAAUGGAAACAUUUUGCAGGCGGAAGCAAUGUUGAACGAAAUGAUCAGCUGUGGAGUUGAGCCUAAUAUUUUUGUUCUCACAAGUUUUGUUCAUUGCUAUGGAAAAGCCAAACGAACUGAUGAUGUUGUGAAGAUAUUUAAUCAAUUCUGGGAUAUGGGCAUCACUCCCGACGAUCGAUUGUGCGGUUGUCUAUUGUAUGUCAUGACCCAAAUACCAAAAGAAGAGCUUGGUAAGAUAACAAAUUGCAUUGAGAAGGCUAACCCAAAGCUUGGUUAUAUUGUGACAUAUUUGACGGAAGAGAAGGAAGAUGAUAGAUAUUUUAUGAAGGAAGUAUCAGAACUUUUAAGUGCAGCUGAUGAAUAUGUAAAGAAGUCCAUGUGCAAUAGUCUAAUUGAUAUUUGUUAUAACCUAGGCAUGGAAGACAGAGCUCGCGACCUUCUCGGCUUGGGAUUGUGGCUUGAGAUAUACAACAAUAUACAGUCGAGAUCUGAAACUCAGUGGUGUUUGAACCUAAAACCAUUCUCUGUUGGAGCUGCUAUUACUGCCUUACAUGUUUGGUUAGAUGACUUGUCUAAGGCUUUCGAAUCGGGUGAAGAGCUUCCACAAGUACUUGGAAUUUGUUGGAGAUACAAUCCUUCAGAUAAGGACUUGGCUAUUGUAUUUGAAUCAUAUCUAAAGGAACUUAAUUCUCCUUUCUAUAAGGAUGCUGAUAGGACUGGCUGGUUUUAUACUACAAGCAGAGAAGCCAAGUCAUGGCUGCACUCUAGAGGUUUAAAUGAAACAGUUGCUGAUUUGAACCCCACGGUUUUAGAUGUUCCCAUUAAUCUCUCUUCUUUUCAUAACCCUAUCCCUCAACCUCUUGUUACUCUGCAACAUGUGCAACUGGAGUACCCGGAUGCAAAGUCUUCGCCUAUUGAGAAUCAAGUUUAUGAAAUCCUGAAGGGUUUUGGAGACAAUAUAACGGAACAUGAUGCUGGGUUUAUUCUUAAUAAUAUGUCGAACCUUGAUAAUGCAAUGCUUGUUUUUGAGUACUUUGUGCAGAAGGUUCAACCGGUUAAGCAGGUUAUUCUUUACAAUGUGAUGUUGAAACUGUUCAGGGAAAGUAGGGAAUUUGAAAAAGCAGAGAAAUUGUUUUAUGAAAUGCUUCAAUCAAAGGUCAAGCCUGAUAUCAUUACGUUUUCAACGAUGAUUAGCUGUGCUGGAUGGUGUGCUAAGCAUCAUAAGGCUGUGGAGUGGUUUGAGAUGAUGCCUUCAUUUAAAUGUGAACCUGAUGAUAAAUUGGUGUCGUUUAUGAUUUCUUCUUCUGCAAGCAUUGGUAAUGUUGCCAUGGCUUCAAGACUAUAUCGUUGUGCAAUUGAGAAGAAAUGGAAAAUUGAUAAGGUAGCGUUCUCGGCAUUGAUUAAGAUGUAUGGGAAGUCAGGAGAUUAUGCUAGAUGCUUAAGAGUUUACAGUGAUAUGAAGGUUUUUGGUGUUAAGCCUAACAUCGCAACAUACAACAAUCUGUUCCUUCUCAUGGGAACAGGCAAGAGGGCACAUAAAGCCAAGGCUAUAUAUGAGGAGAUGAUAAACAAUGGAAUUUCACCGAAUCAGUCAACCUAUGAAACUGUCUUGCAAACCUAUUGUAGAGCAAUGUAUAAAGUAGAUGCCAUGAUUGUGUAUAAGGAAAUGAAAGAAAACGGAAUGGAUAUCGGCAGAGUUCUAUAUAACAUGCUUCUUCACAUGUGUCUUGAUGUUGGUUAUGCAGAUGAAGCUGUUGAAAUAUUUACGGAUAUGAUGAAAUCUGGAACUUGCCGUCCAGACAGUGUUGCAUACACAUCCUUGAUUAUCAUGUACUCCCGCACUGGAAAAGUUUCUGAGGCAGAAGCCAUUUUGAAUGAAAUGAUGAACUGUGGAUUUGAGCCUAAUGUUUUAGUUCUGACAUCUCUUGCUGAUUGCUAUGGAAAAGCAAAACAAACCGAUGAUGUUGUGAGGAUAUUUGGUCAACUUUUGGAUUUUGGACUUAGACCUGAUGAUCGCUUUAUAGGUUGUCUUGUGCAUGUUAUGUUACAAAUACCGAAACAAGAACAUGGUAAAAUCAUAGGUUGCAUUGAGAAGGCCAAACCAAAGCUUGGUUUUGUGGUUAGAUACUUGAUGGAAGAGAGGGAUGGUGAUGGAAUUUUUUUGAAGGAUGCAUCAGAACUUUUUCAUUCAAUUGAUGACUAUGCUUUAAAGAAGUCUUUGUGCAACAGUCUAAUUGCUCUUUGUGUCAACUUGGAAGUUCUGGAUAGAGCUCGCGACCUAUUCAACCUGGGACUUACUCUUGAGUUUUAUACCAAUGUGCAGAGAAAAUCUCCAACUACGUGGUCUUUGCGUUUAAAGCGUCUCUCAAUUGGAACUAGUCUAAUAGCAUUACAAGUUUGGAUAGAUGACCUGUCUAAGGCUUUGGAAUCAGGGGAGGAGCUUCCACCAGUACUUGAAAUUUCUACCGGGAAAAACAUGUCUAAACUUAGUGUAGUUGAAUCAUAUCUGAAGGAAUACAAUGCUUCAUUCCAAGCCUUUCAAAAAAAUAAUAAUGAGACUGGUUUUUUUGCAACUAAUGAAUUAGCCAAGUCAUGGUUGCAGUCUAGAGUUUUAGAUGUUCCAGCCAUUGUUAUAGAAUCUCGACCCAAUGAUCCGGAUCUUGUGUAGAAUUCCGAACAAAUCAAAAUUGCGUGAAAUCGUGAUUCUAGACGAUUCUAAACGAUCCUGGUUAAAAUUCUUGAUGAUUCUA